GAAGCACAAUACGCACAACAAAACGGGACGCUCACUAAACGAUUUGUGUGCUUUGAUUGCUAGAAACCAGCUGAACGAGUUAUUGUUUUCCUCAGAUUGAUGUAAUUGCAGCUAUCGGCAACUUUUAUUAUAUAUUGCUGUAGCAAUGACGAACUCUACGUGCGCGGCAGCGUGUUGCUCGUACAACAGAAGGAAUGUGCGGAAGAUGAAACUUGAUGUCGUUUUCCAUACCUUCCCGCGUGAUCCGAUACUGAGAAAGAAAUGGGUAAAGUUUUGCAGGCGAUCAUCAGAUUGGUCACCGAAAUCCAACGAAACCAUAUGUUCUGUUCAUUUCAAAGAAGAAGAUUAUCAAAUGGCCAUGUCCCCGUUGAUGAGAAGCUCCAACAGUUUCCGAAGGCUUAAUUUGACCGCGUUUCCUACAAUUGUAAAGGGGUCUCCUAUGAAAAUAGAGGCACGAAGAGAAAUGGACGAGAAAGUUCGGCAACAACUAUUGGAUGAGUUGUACAGCAAGGAUGCCUUGGUGAGAGAUAACGAUCAUUCGUAUGACGACAUAUAUAACAUUGAUAACAUAAAGCAAAAACAACCAAAACCUUUGGACAAACUCUACUAUCGUUUGCAAAAUUUCCCCGACGUUUGCAUGCUCUGUCUUAAGGACAUCGAGGAAGAGAGCUUGUUCUCUCCGUUCAACUUGUAUCAUGACGAGCUGGAGUGUACAAUCGAGCAAAUGUACGAUGAAGUUACUGGAGAUCAAAUGGCCCAAGAGGACCGGGCUAAUAUUAAUCAUCUGCUGCCGAAUAAGGUGUGCGAGGAAUGCAUGGAGGCACUUAUCACAUUUUACCAAUACCAAAAACAACUGAAAUGUCUCAAAAAGUUCACCACAGGAAUGGCCCAUUUGAUGCAAGGCAACAAAAAACCUUUGCAUUCUCACUAUGGAGAGCAAGACACAUAUUUGGUGAGUCUCUUGCAAAGUCUUAACAUUUGCCAAGGGCCGGAGGAUAAAAUUACGUUCGAACGAUUGGAGCAGGAGGUGGCAACAUACGGUCGAUAUGGGAAAAGCAUCCCGAUUGAACAGGAUGAGGUAGAACAAAUCAUUCCAUCCUUUCCGAUGGUUGUGGAACAAAAUGAUGAUCAGUAUGAGGAACUGAUUGAGGAAGAAUCUGUUUUAGAUAUGGAUUCGAUAUCGAUUGACACAGCCCCAAUGGAACCGCCCAAAAGCGCGUAUCCGAAGAAAGUGAUUUCAGCACGUGGGCGACCACGCAAACGCGUGCAUGGUGUGGACCCUAAUGCUAACUUUAUGUGCCCAUAUCUGGAUGUAUGUAAGCUUUGGUUCCGAGAUGAUGCCACGCUCCAGAACCACCUCCGUAGUGAUCAUAAAUACUUCAAGUGCCGUACCUGUGGUGCUAAGAUAAAAUUCUACGAUCUGUACAUAAAGCACGUCGAGAGUCACGCCAUCGCGCGCGCUUUACUGUUGUGUCAUAACCAGAAGGGCUCGAAAAAGGAAACUAAAUGCAGUACAUGUGAGAAAUCAUUUCAUAGCGAGGAACUUCUUCGACGCCAUGAAACGACCCAUUCCGGGGAGCGAAACUUUGUAUGCGGGACGUGUCUUGGUGUGUUUUUAACAAACCAAGAAUUCAACAACCAUAGAUGUGUGGCGCACGUUGUGAAACUGAAUUCAACUCAAACUACAUUCGCUCAGUCUCAGUCUGGCGAUGAAACUUCGAUGGCAUAGAUGCGAGAGUGGACAAGCUGUACUUGCUGAAUGAUAACUCUAUUAUAAUGUUUUGAUUCGAUUUAAAUAGUACGCAUGCUGGUGGUCAUGUACAGCAGGCAGACAAGUCUUUGGUACUGGCGAGAUGGUCAACUACAUUUCAAUUUAACAUUACUUCUGUUCGCGUUUUCGGUGAAACAUUCGAGCGAUGAAAAAGUGGCGAAAAAGUUUUUAAAUAUAAAGAAUCGUUAAAUAGAAAGUUAAUGGUUUCAUUUGGUA